GUGAUCGCUCGGACUCCGCACGCGCCGCACGCGCAGGCCCGCUCGCCUCCACCACCACUCCGCGAAAAAAACACAAUAAAACCAACCGACCCCGAGUGACCCCAAAAGUGCAUACCGAGCGGCCGACACGAAACGAAACGACUUCGCGAAGACAUUCCUUAACUUAUUAUAACUUAACACUAACCCGCUUCGCUAUAACAUAUGUGAGCUUAUUUAACUUAAUUCAUUAAUUAACUCAAAGGUGAAAACGAAAAUCAACGAACUGUGCACGGCAAGAAAGUAAAGCGGAGAAGAUAAUUUAAAUGUUAACGGCUGUGCUGUGACCGGCACUCGCUCAGUAUGUCAGAAGGUGACGUGUCCCUGAUUCGUGACGAAGAUACGCUGCGGCGUAUGUGGCAGCAGACGGAAGACUUCUCGAAGAAGAAGGAAAUCCGCGCGCACAUGUAUCGGCUGCGCGAGGAGCGCCUGCGCAACCUAUACUCGCCCGAGCCCACGCAGGGGAAAGCAGGUUGUGAGUCGGCGAUGCACGUGUCGUCGCUGCUGGACCAGAGCUUCCAGGGGCUCAAGCGGCAGGAGGUGCGCGACGCAGGUUCUCCGCCCCAGGACUACGGAGCAGAUCUCAAGGAGCUAUCGAACGCAGGAUGGAACGUGGAGUCGGAGAACAGGAUGACAGAUGACGGCCACACGCAGAUCCGCGGCGUGCGCGCAGACAUACAGGGCCGCUACGACGUGGAGGGCGGGCAGGGACAGUUCGCGGCCGUCGACCAGCACCGGCGCGCGCGCACUCAGUAUCGCGACGACAAAACCAGCAUGCAACGCGAUGAAGCUCGCUCACACACCGCAGCGCAUGAGCAAGUCGUCCGCAAGACCGACGACGGCGCACAGUUCUCGUCGACCACCAGCUCGUCAACCUCCACAAGCAAGUUUCAGCAAGUGUCAUCCACACAAGAAGUGCCAUACGUAACCCCCGUCGAGGCUGCCACCCGGGAGGAUUCCACCACCCGCGAGGAACACCUCACUCGCGAGAACUUAAUGAGAGAUGAGCAUUCUCGCCGUGUUACCAACACUACCGACUACGAGCAGAAUCUGCGGCAGUCUAACAUCGAGAGCGGCGAGCUCAUAUCGAGAAAGGUCGACUACCCCGACGCAAACACCAAGGUGAUCGUGGAAACGCGCUGCCUGCCGGAUGGCACGCGCGUCACCAGCACUCGCAAGGAGUUCCGCGCGCCUGUGCACUCCACCCGCUCCGAACAACACUCCAGCAAAAGCGAGACCAAGUCCUACUCGACGUCUUCUCUUCACAGAUCUGACAACAGAGAGUCUUCCAAAGCCACCCGAGAGAUAGAUAUCGUCGACUCCCAGAGGCAAGUAGAUGACCAUGAUUUCAAGAGAACCCGAAAUCAGUACCUUAAUCAACAAGAUGACUUUUCACAAUCGCAGCGGACGGAACAGCGGGAACAGCGCUCUGAAAGCAAACGAUUCGACACCAGAGAAUCAUCUUCUAAGAUAACUCGUGAAACAGUUGACCGACAAGAAGUUAUUAAUCAGUCCCAGCGGCGUGAAGAAGACCAUGACUACAAAAGAAAUGCCCAAGUGGAAUCCAUUCGAAAGGAUGAUAUAAAUACUAAACUAACGAAUCAGCGCAUUGAAACCAAGCUGAAUGACACUAACCAACGUGAAACUCUUACAAGUCACGAUAAAAUGCACCAACAAUCUGACGUUUCUGCGACUCAUCGUACUAACCGAGUUGACUCGAAGGUUGACGAAGUUGAUCGUCGUGAAAUAUUAACAACACACGAUAAGCAAAACAUUAAACAAGACGUGAACGAGACACAAUACGUCGAAAGUAACGACGAACGAAUUCACAACAUCGUCCGUGAUCAAAAACAUGAAGAAAUUGUGGAAAAAAGAUCUAGUGACCAAUAUCAAACGACCUAUCAGACCGAUUACACUCAAAAGAAAAUAAGUAAUGACUGGAGUCCAACACACCAGGCGUGGGCCAGUACGCUCCGCGCCGAUACGCCUACGUCAACCCGCCCGACGACCAGGGCUUCAUCCCCCGGUACUUCUUCAUUGAGGAGCAGUGUCAGUCCAGACAAGAGUUGCAGGAAGCCGCCAAGCCGCGGCGGAAGCCCGAACAAAAUUGACCGCUACUCCCCAUCUCGCUAUUCCACUGACAGGUACUCAACUACUACCUCUACACAGUCGCUAACUGAAACGAAAACUUAUAAACACGGAAGUCCGGAGAGGAAGCCACCAGUUUCUCCGACCAGACAUAGGAGCAGUCCUGACAGGAAGCCUGAUGGAUAUCGGCAGAGACCAAGCGAAAGUCCAGAGAAACGUCCCCAAGACUGUAGGACCUACAGCAGUCCAGAUCGAAAGCCUGCUUACCAACCUACUGGUGAAAAACCGUAUCCCACUUCGUCUAAUCGUUCGGUUAGUCCUGAAAAGAAACUUCCUGAACGACCAAAAGACGUUCCUUUUACCAGACCUAGCACGAGUCCUGAGAGAAAACCUGGCUACCAAAAGCCCUCCAGCCCCUCGUCUCCUACCAGAAACUAUGAGACUUCACCUACUAGGCCUAGUACAAGUCCUGAACCAAGAAAAUCUGGUCCUAAGGACUCUUCUCCGACUAAGACGUCUGUCAGUCCUGACAGAACUCCGGGUUACAUGAAACCUACUGCUGCCUCUAAGCCAGCUGACACUCUUAACCGGGAUACAAAAUCACCAACAAAACACGCCCCCUCACUCAGUCCUGACAGAAAGUCUUAUGGAAAAUCCACUGUUAGGGAAGACCAUUACAAAUUCAUAGAUGAAGAAACAAAGAUGUACACACGUACCGAUCGUGAUGAUACGCGAUACACAAAGAAAUCAUCACCAAGUCCAGAUAAGUUCUCAGGUCCGCGUGACAAAAGCCCAUCGGCAGCAAGAAAAAUCCCUGAAGAAUCUCGUGAUUCUCCUGAUUAUUGUCGUGCUGAGUCCCCGUCGCUGCGUCCUACCUUGAGGAAAGAUUCUCGGUCCCCAUCUCCACCAAAAGGACCCGUCACGUUUACUGAAGAUCAAUUGGAUAAAACCAAAAGAUUUCAGUCAGCAACAGCUGAUAUUAACACAAAAUAUGAUGAGGAUAUUACGAAAACAUUCCAAUCGUCAAAACCCCGUGAUUCUCCAGUGAGGACCGCGCCUAGGGAGCCUUCACCAUCUAAGAUUGGGACUUACGAUAAGAAACGCAGCACCGAAGAGACUGAAAUUACUACAGUUACCCAAGAUAAGACAAAAGAUAUCAGAUACGAUUCUGUGAAACGUUCAGAAAACACCACAAAAAGAUCAGAUUCCACUCCUACAAAGAAGUCUCCAAGAGACAGCGUCUCUCCCACCAAACCCAUUAAUUAUUCUAGAGAGUCUUCGCCGUCUAAAUAUGGAACUUACGAUAAAAAACGUCGCUCUGAAGAAACAGUAGAAAUAUCAACUACAACAAAGAUUACCACGGAUGACAAGUACGAUUCACUAAAACGACAAAAAUCUGACUAUACUCGAAAAAUUACGGAUUCGCCUUCAUCGCCUACGAAAAAAUCACCCCGUGAAAGUACUUCUCCUGUCAAAUCUCCCACUAAAGAUGCCAAAUACAAACAUACAUACGACUUUAUUGCGACUGAAAGAAAAGCUGAAGACAUUAAUAAGAAAACUGUGAAUAAGGAUCGCCCUCGCCAGCUACUCACUCCAUCAACCAGUCCAACGCGUAAACCUAAGACUGAGGAACCUGAACCUUCCACUGGACAAAGCUCUCCUACUACUUCAGUAAGCGGUUUCGUCUACUUUAGUUCUCCAAAAACGGAGAAGACUAUUAUUACUGACUUGGAUGACGAAGAAUUCUUCUCUAAAACAAACAAAACUGAGGAUACUAUCACCACGACUACGUACAAAAGGCCAGAGAGUCUUAAUGUGGAAAGAUCACCGUCGCCCUCCAAAAUACCUUGCAGAUCUCCAUCUCCUGAAAAACGGUCGUCUCCUAUGAAAGAUAGUCUGCCGCGAAAGAGCUCACUGAAGAAGCCGUCAACUGACAAUAUCGCGUUGUCUCCUGUUGAAAAGCCACCAUCUAGUUUCCGCAUCUCACCAUCGGAGGAGACCAAGGAUUUCCCAGAGCAUAAAGUAGUGAAAAAGGACCGUCCAGAUAAACAAAAUGACUCACCUGCAAAAGUCAAACCGCCAUUCGAACGUAGAGAGACUUACGAAGAGAGAUGCCUCAAGAUUUUGGGUGUGGUAGAUGAUACAGUCCCCUCUGAAAUUUCAAAGAUAGAGCCUAAGUUGAACUAUUCAACCGAAUCAGAACCAAGGGAAACUUCCCUUCCACUUCUCGGGACUUAUAAGGAUACGAAAGAUACUACUAAGGUCAACGUAAGUGAUUUCAUAACCAGAGAACAAGAAGAUACUAUUGAAAAAAGAACAGCUUAUUUUACUACUGAUAAAAAACCAAAGACCCCAUCGAGGGAUAGUUCUCCUACUAAGCUCCAAGAUAUUAUUUCUCAGAAAACUGUAAAGAAAUGCGAAGAAUUUUCAACUGAGGACGUAGAAGAUGAAAUAAAAUCACAGAUUAUUCGUCAAAGUCCUGACAGAGAUAUAGGCUAUCAAAAACCGAGGUCUAGCCAUAGUCCUGAAAAGAAAAUCUCCCUGGGUCAUAAAGAUACCUUACCUGCUAAAUCUAGGCAAAGUCCCGAAAGAAAACCGGGAUAUCAAACAUCUACAGAUAGUCCGACUUUACAGUAUGCUCGUACUACGUCUCCAUCCCGACCUCUACCCAAAGAAAGUACUCCAGCUAGAUCGAGUGUCAGUCCUGAGCGCAAACCUGGAUAUCAACAACCAGAUAAGUCAAGUCCGACUGAUAAGCACACAAAGUCACCUUCACCAAGCAGGUCCUCAGUAAGCCCUGAUAAGAUACCAGGUUACAUGCGAUCAACGACUGCUACAACUAAGAAAUUUGAAUCCGCAACAGAGGACUUUCAACAAAACGUCACAAAUACUAUUCGUGAGAGCGUUGAUAAAGAGACCGGAUAUCAGAAGCCGAAAGCUACAGAGCCUGCUACGAAGCCAAAGGAUAGUUACAAAACUAGACUUAUGAGCCCAGAACGUAAACCGGGCCAAGGGCAACCUAUACAGAAAUCGAGUCCUGAGAAAAAAAAACCAGAUCGGUCAUCAGUGAGCCCUGACAGAAAGCCGAGUUACAUGAGGUCUACGACUGCCACUUCAACCAAGUAUGAAGAAAUCAGUACUGUGGGAGACACAAAUACUAAAGGAACUACAUAUAAGUUUUCAACUCCUCAACAACCGUCAUCCAGAUCCAGCUCCCCUUCAAAGAAACUUGAAGAGCCUAAACACGCGCGCAGCCCGUCGCCUCCUAAAUCAGUAAUGAACACCACCGAGGAAAGUACUAUACUCAUCCAAUCUGAAAGAGAACAGGAAAUACUGGAUCGGGUGCAACAGUCGUUGAGGAAGCUAUCGCCGACUCGUGAUCAGCGAUCUUCAAGUCGUGAGAGGAGCCCUGGAAAAUCCACCAUCAGUCUCCAGGAUAUUGAUGUGAUUACUACUGAAACUGGUACAUUGAUUGAAGAGGAAGAUUUACAGGUUACACAAAAAGAAACAAAAAUUAAAAGUGAAAUCCCGCGUUCAAUUAGACCGAAAGACCACAAACCAAAAGACCAAAAGCCUCCCAGUAAAUCUUCCUCUAGAACUGUGUCCCCUGUAAAAAAACCUACGAUUUGUUCUCCCACUAAAACAGAGAAGAUUCCAGAGUCCCAGAACAAAUCUAGGAGCAUAUCACCUAAAAAACCUGUAUCUCCUACUGAGCGUCCUCAAUCGCCACAGGUGUCUAGGGUCAGUGGAAUAAAACCUAGAGAGCCGACUCCAUCGUCUCUUACGCGAAAACCAUCCUCGGGCAAUACUUCUCCUACCAAAACCGAGAAAGUGACAGUUGAAAUUAAGAAAACAACUGGUGUAACGAAACAAAACAGUUUCACUAAGACUUCCGCUGCUAAAACUACAACAUCUAAAUACACUUCUCCUGCUAGAACUGAACCUGAACCCAAACGAGCGCCAACUCCGAAAGGUAUUAAUAAAGAAAAUGUGAGUCCCAAAAAAGAAGAUGUAAAAGUGACUCGUACUGCCAGUGACACUACUCUCAAAAACAAAAAAGCUUCUCCUCAAAGAAUGAAAUCCAAGCCAGAGAUACAAGUGAACGAUUUAUCUCCAACAAGAAUCACUAAAACGACUUUCACUAAAAAGUCUACCACAAAAGACACUCAGACAAAACUAGCUCCAAAACCCAAAUCAGCUACUGCUUUAAACUACCCGCAAGAUGAUGAUGACGAUAUCAUUAUUGACGUUGAACAAGCUAAAUCUUCAAGGGAGAAUUCUCCAGAUCGUAUUUGCCCAACACCGGUUAAUUUCCAAGAUGAUGUCGGUACACCUCGAUUCCCAGAUGAAGUGAAAGAACCUGACGAUGAUUUCCGUCAGCGAACUCAUCAUACUAUACAUGAAACUGAGUCUAUUGUGGAUGAUAUUGUAGAAAUUAGCGAAGAUGAUGAAUUAUUUGUAAAAAGAACCGAUACUGAUCGCGUUACUGGAUCGGAUGAUUGUCUACUCAGUGUCACAGAUAAGGUUUCUAAGUUCACCAGUAAAAUUGAAACUAUAACGAAACCAAAAGAUACAACAGCGCAGUUUAAGGAUGUCGAAAAAAGAGUUCAUUCAGACUUUAUUGAUGAAAAAUUAAAAUCUGAUGAGUGUCUAUUAUCAGUAUCUGAAAAAGUCAACAAGUUUGCUAAAGGACCCAGAGACACUAACGACAAGAGUCCAGCUCGAAGAAUUGUAGAUGAAUAUGAUACACAAAGCACUUAUCAGGAUGACUACACGAAACUGAGCGUAAAUGAUAAGGCUCAUCUGUUUGUGGAGACUGCAGAAAACGUGAAAGCAUCUAAAACGAAGCCAGCACAGAAAGUAGAACGUCCCGAUCUUAGCAACGUUGACGAAUCAUUAAAGAGUGACGAAUGUCUGCUCAGUGUAUCCGACAAAGUCAACAAAUUUGUCAAAACAGCUGAACAAUUCUUAAGCGAAACACACGAGCUUGAAGAUAAGGAGAAAAAAGUCAGGGAACAGUAUGAUAAGUUUAUCAAACAUAUUGCGCAAAAUGAAGAUGACGAAGAGUUGGAAAGUCAAACAACAGAAGUUGUUAGUGAAGAAACUGAUACGAAGUACAGAAAAACUUCCGUGGAUAAAACUCCAUCGUUUGCAAAAGAAACUGCGUCGUCCCACAGUAAGGUGAAAGAUUAUGCGAGUCCAAAUUUAAAGCCAACAGAAAAGACACCAAUUGUGAAAAUUACUACUCUGCGCAGCAGUGAAGCUGUUAAGAAAGCGAAGGCGUUAUUCGAGAACAUUGCUACGUCUCAACAGACAAAAGACACCAAAACCACGAAGCUGAUGGAUAUUGGUGUUAUUAAGAAGUCGCCGAAAACAGAUUCUACUAUUGUCCUCCAUCCUUCAGUAGAAGAUUUCCCUAAAGAAUCUGAGUGUGAAAUAGAUUCGCCAUACUCAAAGGAUCGGCUAUUCCGGCCACAACAUCCCGACCACUUUGAGGAAAAGCCACGUAGCAGUCCGUCUCGCCAUACGACUCAAUCCCCUGAAGUUCCACGAGCUAAGUCACCUAUGCCACAAUCUGUGAAAACCACUACUACCACCACUACAAAGAAGGUUCUGUCAAGAUAUCCAGCAGCACAAACUGAAGCUCCUAGACAUACUCGUCCUGAAGUAGACAAACCGAACAAACCUCUUGACAAGAGCUCGAGAUACACACCGGAGCCGAAACAAACCCGUCCAGAGCAAGAACUACCGCAGGAGAAAGUACCGAGCUAUCAACGUCCGACGAAAACUAGUCAAAUAAAAGAAGAAAAGACAUUGGAGGAAUCCGAAGUGACAACAAGGCGCGGCAGCGGCAAGUUCGGCGUCGAGUUGCGCCGCACUAGCAUGGAGCGCUCCACGCUGAGCAGCGAGCGGCGGCGCAGCAGCGUAGCCCACCACCAGCCCACCAUCGAAGAUGUCUUCGACCUCGACCUUCUGGAACAAAUGUUGGAAAAGGUCGUGGGCUACGAGAUGAGGCGCCGCAUCCGUGCGCAGAUCCGAGUAGCCAAGAAGAAGCUUGAGACCGAGCACACUGACAGCUACUCUAAGCACAUUAAACAAACUACUAUUACUAAAACAAGAUCUCCUGAUCGCAAACCGCAAACUAAGUCUCCUGAGCGCCAAAAGCAGACGCCUCAGAAAACGUUGUCACCUGAACGAGCACCGGCUUCUCAAAGGUCUACACCGUCUGAGCUCACGCAAGCUAAAGCACCAACUACGCCAAUGCUCAAUGGCCAUGCUAAGGAACCCAAUAACUUGUACGACAAACUUCAGCGACCACAGAGCCCUGAAAAACUAAGGUCGACAUCCAAAACCAAGUCACCCGUUCGUCAACCAAGUCCUGAAAAGAAAACCAGGCAUGUGUCCCCAACUAAAAUGACACCAAAGUCUAAAACAAAUCGUUUCAGUGAAUAUGCGUCAGCUUACAUGAAAAAAGUUGGUUUGAACGAAAGUGAUAAAGUAAGACAUUUCGACAAAACUAAGAGAACGACAGAAGCUGAUGAGAAGACAGGAGUAACUAAGACUACCAAGAAAACUCAAAUUGAAGAUCAUGAUACGACGCAGCAGUUUGAGGAGCACAGAACUGUGGAGAUGAAAACUUCGUCUACAUCGAAGAGUAUCUCCGAGCGAACGUCUUCCAAAGACACCAUAGAAGUCAUUCAAGUCAAUGGUAAACGGUCACCCUCGCCUGAAAAGAAGCGUAGCCCGGUGCGUCGCGUACAGAGUCCUUCUGGACGACUCCACCAACGCACUCCCAGUCCCGACUUCAAACGCCGAAAUGAUUUGAGCAAGAAGGAUACGGUGACAAAGACGGUAUACGAAACUGAACCAAAAGUCACGACAAGAGAGACGAUCAUUAAAACUGUGUAUGAGGAGGUUCCGAAGGUGGACAUUAGUAAGAAAGAGUCAAUAAUAAAGACAGUGUACGGCAUCGAGAAGAAGAUUCCCCAGAAGCAAGCUCAGGAGGAGAAACCUUCAUGGAUAACGAAUAGGAAUUUGAAAAAAACGAGUGCGGAGAGUAGAUCGUUCACCAGCAGAAAGGUGGAAGAGAAGAAGACUCGUGGCGGUAGUCCCAGCAAGGCGCUGACGCGGACCACAGACGCCGUGAUCAGCAGUUACGGACCGGGGCCGCUUGACGCCGACGGACGCCCACUCUUUGGCAUCAAGGCGCUGAGGAAUGGAUCUUCAAAUUAUCAAGUGAAAGGUACAGUGAUUCGCCAAGAGUUCCACUCGCGCAACGGCGGCGAGCCUGAAGGCACAGUAUCAGUAACUGCCUACUCCACGGAGCCUCAGGAGCUGGAGAAACUGUUGCAGGCUCAGGGCGAGAAACCCUCGCGUAUCCACGGCCUCGCCGCUAUCACCACUACCAAGAAGUUCGGAGGCGACACCGGCACUACGCUCAGGGAGGCACAUAAUAAGGAGGACCGAGCUGUAUUAGAACAGUUCACUCACAGCGACCGACGAAUCAGUGACGUCAAAGAGUCCUACGACACACGCGAGUCGAGAGAAGAAACACUCGUAGACACGAAGGGCAUACAGACUAGAGAAGAGAGAGUGAGAAGGGAGGGUAGUGAGAAGCAAGAGAGAAGGACGGAGGAGAGGAGAGAGCGGGUGGAGAGAAGAGAAGACCGCAAGACCAUGCGGCAGGGGUCCGUGAAAUCGCUCACUGAGAAAUACAUCAAAAGUGCAAGUGAUACAACAAAGAGCGUGGGCGCGGCGUACCCCAAGGCAGGACUCAUCCUGCGCUCCACCAACAUGAAGGAUUCUGUCUCCAGCGACUCGUCCACUCACGCAGGUCUAGCUCGAACAGACAGCGAACACAGCCUGGGCUCGGUGGAGGACGCGACGGUAGUAACCAGCCGCACCACCACCCAGGCUGGUGGUGGAGCUACCACCACUACCACCACCACCACGCGGCGCGGGGAGAGAUCCUUCCUCGACUCCAGCACUAAAGUCACCGGCGUGCAGGAUAUACUCACGCGCAUGAAGAAUGCUGACAUCGUGAUCCAAGAGGGCGAUACAGCGGAGGAGUCGGAGGCGCGUGCGCUGCUCAACAAGUUCCUGGGCGCCAGCGUGCUGAUGGCCGGCAUGCAGGCCUACGUCACCGAAAAGCCUACAGGCCACGUCGCCGUCAAGCAGGAGACAGUUCGGACCACUACCAGCAGCAGCGGGCCCGGGAAGACCAGGACCACCAAGACUACCAGCGUCAGGACUGACGACGUCGACCUCGACCAGUGCUGGGACGAGAAAUUACUCAGGAGUCUUCUGGAGGCGAGCACCGACUACGAGCAGCGACGUCGCAUCCGGGCACGGAUCCGCACACUCAUGGCUGAACAGGAAGCAUGCGCGAGCGCGGUGACGGAGGCGCUGGCGGCAGCGGAGUCGCAGGCUGCGGCGGAGGGCGCCGACGACACUCGCGAGGAAGAGGAAGUGACCGUGACAUCCAGCGUGCGGAGAGACUCCUCCGAGAAAACCGUUAGCAGUAGCACCACCACUAAAACUUCUAAAGUGAUCGAGAACGUAGCUCGGCCGGCACCCAAACCCGUGUCGCCGUUUGCAAAGUUCCGCCAGCUCGAGAAGCAAAACUCCGUCAACUCCCCCAACUCGCCCGGGACGCCGCAGAGCCCGGGCUCGAAGGCGCCCUACUUCAAGUUCACGGACCCCGCGCUGCAAGCCAGCGCGCUCACUAUUAAAGAACGGUUGCUGCAGUGGUGUCGCGACAAGACCCGGGACUACGAGAAUGUGAAGCUGGAGAACUUCUCGACGUCGUGGGCGGACGGGCUGGCCUUCUGCGCGCUGGUGCACCACUUCCUGCCCGACGCGUUCGACUACUCCAAACUGACGCCCGACAAGCGCCGCCACAACUUCACGCUAGCCUUCAAAGUUGCCGAUGAGAAGGCGGGCAUCUACCCGCUGCUGGACGUGGACGACAUGGUGGCCAUGCGCAAGCCGGACUGGAAGUGCGUGUUCACGUACGUGCAGGCCAUCCACCGCCGCUUCAAGGACCAGCAGUGACUGCCCACCCCGCUUGCCGCGCCGCCCCGGCCGCUGCACGGCGUCCGGCGGCGGCCGCGGCCCGCUGGGCGCGAGUUACAAGUAGUCGAACGAUGUAGUCACAAAGUAUAUAUUGUGUUAGGGAAGUAUAGUUAGUCCAAAGACCGCUAUUGUUGUAGCGCGGCUCGUCCGCCCCACUCGUUGUAUCUCCACGCGCUGUCUCGAUGCACUCCUCCUAUUUAUUGUUAUCUCAAGAUGUAUGUGAUUUUUUAUUAUAGUCUGUAAGUACUAACUCCCGACGCACUGCGCGAGGAUCGCUUUGGCUUAUUCCCCCACAUAAGGAAGUUGCAUCCUCGCCCAUUCUCAGUGUACAGUCCACAUUGACAUUUAUUACGAUUGUUUAACACUAUUUGCUAUUGUUUUAUAUCAACUUGACAUUAACAGCUUGGAAUAAUCGCCUAAGUAUUGAUUUUAUUAAAUUGAUAUUAUUAUAAUUGUAAUGACUAUUUUAUAAAUAUGUUAAUUUAUAUUGAUAUAAUUGCAAAUAAAAAUUAUUAACAA